AAGUCUGUCCUUGUGUGGGACCAGAGGAGGAUUGAGGGAGGCAGACGCGCAGUGCAGCCUUGUGUGGUUCCUUAACGACAAUUUCAUGCCAUCGCCGUUUAUUCAACGGCGAUACGGCGUCGAUCGAUCGAUCCACAGAGAACGCGCGCACUCGAUCCCCACGCGAAAUAACGCGCGCUGCGUGACCUUGCAUUGAAUGUCAUUUUAGACGGAUAUUUUGUAUAGCGCCGACACGGUCAUCGGCCACAGCCAUGGAGAUUGUCACUCAUUUAAUUAACGACACCAUAGAGUUCUACAAGUGGACCCUAACCAUUGCAGACAAGCGAGUGGAGAAAUGGCCCCUCAUGGACAACCCCCUGCCCACGCUGGCCAUCAGCACCUCCUACCUGCUAAUCCUCUGGCUGGGGCCCAAAUACAUGAAGAACAGGGAGCCCUUCCAGCUACGCAAAACCCUCAUCGUCUACAACUUCAGCAUGGUCUUCCUCAACUUCUUCAUCUUUAAAGAGCUGUUCCUGGCAGCGCGGGCGGCAAGCUACAGCUACAUCUGUCAACCGGUGGACCAUUCAGAAGACCCCAAUGAAGUCAGGGUGGCAGGAGCCCUGUGGUGGUAUUUCAUCUCUAAGGGCAUCGAGUAUCUGGACACGGUGUUUUUCAUCCUGAGGAAAAAAUUCAACCAGGUUACUUUCUUGCAUGUCUACCACCACUGCACCAUGUUCACUCUCUGGUGGAUCGGCAUCAAGUGGGUGGCAGGAGGACAGUCAUUCUUUGGGGCCCACAUGAACGCAGCCAUCCACGUCUUGAUGUAUCUUUACUACGGCCUGGCCUCCUGUGGACCUAAGAUCCAAAAGUACCUGUGGUGGAAGAAGUACCUGACAAUCAUUCAGAUGAUCCAGUUCCAUGUCACCAUCGGCCACACGGCCUUGUCCCUCUACGUCAACUGUAACUUCCCCCACUGGAUGCACUACUCCCUCAUCUGCUACGCCAUCACCUUCAUCGUCCUCUUCGGCAACUUCUACUACCAGACCUACCGCCGCCAACAGCCCAGGCGCGACGCCUCCUCCUCCAAAGGGGGCAAGGCCCCCUCUAACGGGACCCUCAACGGGCUCAGCAAGGCCGCCAACGGAGCAGUGGCGAUGGGGAGGAAGGAGGAGAAGGCCCAGGAACACUCUGGGAGGAGAAAGAGGAAAGGAAGAGCCAAAAGAGAUUAGGAGAGGAGGAGAUACGGAGAGGUGGAGGUGAGGUAGGGCCUGGCUUUGGGUUCUGGGUUGACUUCAUUUGAGCGAGAUUUAGACUGACUGAGGCGUUAAGGUUGGUUGUGUUUAUUUAAGCCGGUAACCGAGUUGUUUUAGAUCAAAUAUGAGACACCUUUGUGUUGAGAGAGAACCACUUUGUUGCCAAGAGGUGUCUCAAAUAGCCUAAAAUACAGUAGUGUAUAGUUCGGGAUAAAUCUCAGUAUUGCUUCUCUUUACGGUGGUGCCACGUACUGUGGAUCUGGUACAAAAAGUGACUCCGUGUAGAAAGGAACCCGAUCAUUUGGCAUGCUGGGAAGGCUUCAUUAAAAGUUCCUGAGUCGCUCAAAAAAAGACUCUACGGUUCAUAGUGUUGCUGCUGUAUCGAGAGAGGAACACACAACACAACACGCAAAACACGUCAACGUAUAUUUGAGUAUAUCAUCGUUUUUUUAUUUUUCACCUUUACAGACAACUGAGUGAUGAUGUACAGUAUCACGGCAUUUUGACCUCAUCGUAUUGACGUUUUUAUUGAUGUUACUUGUGAGAGACUUAAGUUUACACUUCUUGUUUACUGAAAAAAACACCUCGGCAGUCGUCCUUUUCAUUUGUGAACACACACUUGUCUUCAUUCCUUUUUAUUUGAAGUUGUGGACUCAGCUGCCACGUGUUUUUGAGCUGUCAUCCAUUACUGCGCCGUUCACAUCACAAUUAAGGAAAACAAAUCAAUAUCCAGAGGUGAGAUGUACAUCGAAAUCGAAAUUGAUUGAUUUGUAACCCUUUGAGACGUGGAUGGGGGUUGUUCUAGCACUGCUUUAUGAUAGAAUAAUCAUCAACUGUAUCUCUCAGAAGGUUGCAAAUACAUUUUCUAUUUCUGCAUAUGACCAUCGGAGGUUUUAUAUAUCCCUACCUGUACGUAAUGCUAUGUGAUAUAAUGAAUAUUAUCCAGAGAAAUGAUGAAUCUGAUGAUUAUAUCAAUGUUCCCUGUUUUGACAGGAAAGCUGGUGGAGGUGUGUCUCUGCAGAUGUUUUUCCUGUCUUUUUUUCUAUUAUCUCUGCCGUCGUUGUUUGUCUCAACAUGCUGGUGAAAAUCUUGUGUUGCCCGAAAGAAAAAAAAAUGCUAGUGGAGAUUUUGGGAAGUUUGCCAAGACAGUUUUUAUCAAGUAACAGAGCCUUCUUGAGUACCAUUUCUUCCCAUAUUCAAUCAAAUAUUUUUUUUGUGUGUCUAUGUUUGAAAGCUUAACCUCUGUCCUGAUCUGGCUUGAAUUUAAAUUUAUCAGGGGGAAUUUGGAUUUAAAAGAAUAAAAAGGAUGGAUUAUUUCCAAAAGCUGGUGAAAAUCUACAGUGACUUUGUAUUUUGAGGAAUAACUUUGCUCAGCAUCUAGUACCUAGAAUAACAAUCAGUGGUCUAUGAUCAUCGGCUAUGUGUCAGUAAGUCCAGCUUCUAGUCUUACACCUAUAAAUACAUUUUGAUGUUAUUUAGUGCUUUUUAUUUAUUUUUGUGUAAAUACCAAUUUUCUUGCUACUGUGAGUGCUUGUCUGUGUAUUUGUAUUAUUUUUAUGUUGUACAUAUUACAUUGUGAUAUUUUGUACACUGUGCAUUUGGGAAUGUUCCCAGCUUUUUAGCUUGGACAUUUACAUGUCCACACUGCUUGCGUGUUUUUUAA